AUGAACUUUUUAACAAAGUAUGGAUUAAGUCUGAGUGGAUAUCGAACAGGAAAAAUCGGCAAUGCCAUGGAAUUUUCACAGCUAGUAGCAUUUUUGGUAUUGGCUGUUCAAGUGACGAGUUUAUGGUCGCUAAAAGCAAAUGGCACUUUCGUUAACAGUGCUCAAAAUCGUCAGUUGAUAGCUCUCCCACCAAUUAUUAACGAAUUAUCAAACCAUAAUGCGCCUCUUGGAAGCCAAGCUAAUCCGAUCGUUAUUUCACAAGAUUUCGAUAAAGAAACUCUGGAAUUCAUUAAUAACGAAGAAAGCCUAUCAAAUAAACCAUCGAAUGUGGCUGAACUCGAGACGAUGGUAUUUGGAAAAAUAACUCGAAACAAUCACGCUUCCUCAUUACUGCAAACGGCUUCACGACCAAGCCAAUUACCUGUUCUGAAAAUUUCAACAAUUCAUCCUUUACUCACUACAGUGGACAAGGUUCCUCUUUUUUACGGUGGAAGAGCUGCGUUACCCACACUUUUUGGUGAUUUGAAUGAAAUGGAAGAACGCAGAACAGUUUACAGUAACGAACGCUUCGAUGAACCAAUUAUGACACAACAUGAAAGUGAAGAUUUUGGUAAAGUGUUCAUAAAAGAUACAACCACUGAUGAAUAUGAAAGGAGUACAGAAAACAAUUUUUAUGAACUAAUGGAUGAAGGCUUAAUUGCAGUCGUUGAUGGCAAACGAAGUAAAGUAAUGCAAGAAGUAGAAUUUCAUAGAGAUAACUCUGACAAAAAUUUCUACAAGGACGAAAUCGAGAGAUUGAAUGAAACUCGAGAGAUAGAAGAAGAAAUCAAAAAAGGAAAGUACACAGCAGUUCCACCACUUGCACCCUCUUCUUUUGAGGCGAAAAUGGGUCAUUUUGCUGUAUCAACUUCAUCAAUAUUUCAGCCCGCUCCGUUAUUAGAUAAUGUUUUAUUGCGAAUGUCCACUGGAACCCCGGAUUAUGAAGUAACAAAAAUUUCUACGAAAUCGUCGCUACAAUCUGAAACUACAACACUUCCACUUGGUAAAAAACAUGGCAUUUCAAUAUUCCCAAUAACUCGUUCCCCUACCGAACAACUAAAUGAUCAAACGCUAGAAAAUUAUGGCACAGAUGAAGGCUUAUUUACAGCUAUCAGUGAUGAAAAAAAUAAAUCAAAGCAAAGCGAAGGCUCCAAAGCAAAAAUGCAGAAAAUUGAUACUAUAGGUGAGGAAGAUAUUGAAACGCUAAGCGAUAUUUUAAGCGAAGAACUCAAAAAGGCCAUUUCAACCGUUUUACCUCCAAGAAUUAGUCUUCAAAAAAUGGAAAUUUCUCAUUUUAAAAAUUCGACAGAAUCAAAAAAAAUACCAGAGAUUACCAGAGCUUUAAGCGACAUUUCCUUGGCGACACCGAUUAGAACUAGAGAACAACAAACAGUUUAUGUAUUCACCACCAAAUCAACAUCGGCAACACCUUUGUCUAAAGAUGCAGAAUCUACUGCUGAAAUGCCGAAAACUAUGGGUUCUUCGAAAGAAAUCAGGUCUACGACUCCAGCAAAAGCACUUUGGCUAAUAGAAUUUCUGCCAACAACAACCGAAAAAACGAUAUCAACCAGUGAUAAUAAAUUCAAUGGGAAGUCGAACGGAAUAUCAAUGGAAAGUAUUACUUCAGAAAUGACAUUAAAAAGUCAAGUAAUGAAAGCUUUAACAACAGUAUCAUCAACGAAACUGUCAGAAUUCACGCCAGCAAAGACUGAUUGUAAAAUUGAAAAUGAUAAGACUGAUUUAACAAAAGCCAAUGUUAUGUUCUUAAUUGAUUCGUCUGUUAAAAUGGGUUAUGAAAAGUUCCAAGGAGCUGUUAAACUUAUCAGUGAUACAGUGAAAGAGUUCAGAAAUAUCGGUCCAAAUGGAAUUCAGGUUGCUUUGGUGCAAUUCGCGGAGAAAUGCUUAUUAGAAUUCUCUUUCGACAAGCAUCACUGCAAAGAGACUCUUCUUGAGGACAUUAACGACACACAAUUCUUGAAUGGAACAAACAAUCUUGAAGAUGUUAUCAAAAAAGUAAUGGCAGAUAAUCUCAUCAAUUACAAAGGCAUUCGAAGUGAUGUGAAAAAAUUGUUAGUAAUAAUAGCUGAUGGAAGUUCAAAAGAUAAAAUUCAGCAACCUUUUGAAUUGGUGAAAAAAGAUGGUAUAAAUAUACUAGUGAUAUCAACAAUCGAAGCUCAUCCAGAUCUUGUAAUGCGUUUUACAAGUAGUCGCGGAAAAGCAGAUUUCUCGCCAAAAUCGUUGGCUACAAGGCUUGCUGAUCGGAUUCGGGAAAUCGCACAGUCGGAUCAACUUAAUGGUGAAACAUCUUAUAAUAGAAGAACUGAAGAUGUUAUGGAAACUAGCAUAGAAGAAUCUGAAAGAAUUUUCGAGGAAGAUGCCGAAAAAAUUUUUGAUGAGUUAUUGGCUCCUUCAUUAGAUAAUUACACCAGCACAACCAAAUCGAGCAUUCCAACUACUGAAAAUGCUUUCAUUUAUUCGUUAGCACAGCAGUCGACGAUGCCUUCUGGUGUCUUCCUUGAAUCAGUUUCCUCUACAUUGAUAGAAAGUACGCAUGCAACGACAUCCAAUGAAGAACAAUUAACAAUGUAUAAUGAACAAUUAACUACGAUGACAGAAACAGGUUUCAUUAGCAAAGAACCUGUUUCAUUAUCGUUACCAUCGGAAACUAAAAUUGGUGUUCUUUCCGCGGGAGAUAUCAAACUAAACUGCACAAAUCGAGGAUUUGGAUUAAUUAUGCAAUUUCCGGAAGCAUAUCGAGGAUUUAUUUCUAUUCAAGGUUCUCCGCAGACGGAAAAUUGUUCCGCCGAAAUUCAAAACGUGAAAAAACGUGUGAACGCUGAAAAUGCUCGACGAACUGUUCAUUUCUUUGCGGAUUUCGAACAAUGCUCAAUUAAUAAGAUUAGAUCGAGUAAUCCAUCCGGCUUGAAUAUUUCUGCAUUAAUCCGAGUGCAGCAUAAUCCGGUAUUAGUCACUAGUGGCGAUAAAAGCUUUCUAAUAGAAUGCUUCUUUCCUGACACCAAGCGUGAUUUAAAUGUGGAUUUGCAUAUUUCAAGGGCAAGAGGCGUUGGCGAGACUGUUGCUCUUGAAGCUAUUCCACCGACGUGUUCUUAUUCAUUACGUCGUGAUGCGCCAAACGGGCCUCUGGUUUCAUCAGCUAUUGUGGGUGAAAUACUGUAUCAUAGAUGGGAAUGUAAAGGAGGAAUUGCAGUUGAAGAUGUAUAUGGAAUGUUGAUCAAUAACUGUAUCGCUGAAUCGAGUGAUCACUUGAGGAACCAUUCAAUCGUGGAUAGCGAAGGAUGUAGUAUCGAUAAGGAUAUACUCAGCGAUUUAACAUAUUCUGAUGACAACCUUAUUGCUACAGCUCGUUCAAAUGCUUUUACCUUAAUUAAUACGAACCGCCUAGCAUUUAAGUGCAAACCCCCCGUGUGCAGUAAUGAGACCCAACUAUUGCACCAGUAUUCUCGACGAUAUUCAGAGUCACUUACUGCAGCGUUGACAACAGGAGUGACAACUAAUAUUCGAAUUUCUCCUUCCUCACCGUCAUCAUCGCUAACUGAGUCAGAGCCAUUAGACGAGCAAUCGGUUAAUUGGAAAGAGAGGCUAAAAAAAUUGGUCGUAAUUCCAGUAUUCUGGAUUCUUAUACUUUUUACAACAUUUGCUUCAGUUUUGGCCAUUGUUUUAGUACGGCAUUUCCGACAGCAGAAUUAUGAAAUCAACGACGAAUGCUCAGUGAAUAGUGGAUUUUCUGAUGAAUAUAAUUACCGCCCUAGUAACCGAAUUGUAUUUGAUGGGCGAAUGGAUCAUAUUCAAACAUUAAAUUCAAUGGUGCCAGAUCGAAGAAUUUUUUUAAAAUCAAGAGCACAGCAAGUGAAAACGACUAAUCAAUCCACGCCAUAA